CAGUCAAUGCAGGUGUCUGGUGAUUUGCUCGUGCUUUCACGGUAUUUUUGUCAACAAUGACUACAUCUUCAUGGUUUUUUUGCCAAAAGUAAUUAACUACAGUAAAUGCAGGACAACCUUUUCCAGAGGGGGAUGACCAGCAGAGGGUCCUCCUUGGUCAUGGAAGCAAGAGAGGCUACAGGUCUAAGCCAGCCAGUAGUAGAGAACUGGAUCCGCAACCACAGGAGCUUUGUGCACGCUGACACCAAAAAUAAGUUGCACACGAGUAAAAGACUAACAGCUUACAAUAUCUUUAGGAGUGACUUCAUGCAACAAGGAGGAAGUCUGCAAGACAUUGCAGGGAGAUGGGCCACCAUUUCUGAAGAUAAGAAAGAGGAAUUAAGAAAGGAGGCAGAGCAGUGCAACAAUAGUCUGGAGUUUGAUAAGGACAGACCAAUGAAAAUAAAAAGACAAAUGAAUGUAAAAGGAAUAAUGAGAUCAAUGCAUUCAAAGAUGAUCCAGCUUGAGAAAUUGGGGGUGGAAUCAUCCAUCCUCCUCCACAACCCCAUGGACCUGGACAAGCUGGUGCAUCAAAUUGGUAGUAAAAGGGGAAAGGAGUUCCUGGAGGCUCAAGGGGUCAUCAGCCAACAUUUACUGGUACAAUAUUUGUUUUAAUUGUGUCUUGGAAUAUGCCCAACAUGUACAGGAUACAAUACAACCCACUGGAAAUGUAUUUAAAGGGAUCCUCUACAACAAAACAUUUAAUAUGUUGUUUACUUCUUUCUCGUGGAGGAAAACCAGGCACAACCAUUCUAGUAUCGUUUAUACUUCAGACACCAUUUUGAACACCAACAUUUAUUGCCGUGUACUGUACAUACUUGUUCAGUCUCAUCCCUCCCCUGCUAAUUUCUUUAGAAUCAAUUCACAAACUUUUCCUUCACCCAAUGGGACGCCCCUGAGGGUGUGAUUGACAGAUGUGCCUGCGUUCUUGUUGGCAACACCAGUAAUCAGUAAUAAAAACAAAAUACUAGUUGAAAGAAAAACCUUGUGACACAAGGGAAUAUUUUAUGGAACUCAUGUCUAGCUACCUGUUGAAAUGUUUAAUGAAUUAAUGAGCUUUUAAUAAAAAUACUAGUUGAAAGAAAAACCUGGUGACAAGGGGGAAAAAUUAAGUAACUUGUCUAGCUGUUCAAGGAACUGUUAGUAAAAACAAAAUACUAGUUUAAAGAAACUUGGUUGGCUGAGGUAUAUUUUUGAAGGAACACGUCUCUAGCAACCUGUUCAAUUAAUAAAGGAUUAUUACAGAAGUUGGUAAUUAUAUUCUCUGUAAUUUGUAUUGACUAAGCACCUGUAAAAUACUGUAGAGCAUUCGGGGGGUGGCCCCAACCAGGACUAAAACUUAGGACCAGCGACUCUCAACCCAACACACCAAAUGUUCCUUAACAAGGUCGCAAGGUGUUGGAUUAAGGUAAAGCAUACCCCUUUAGCCUGCAUUUGCACAAGCCACGGGCACAAAGGAGGGAUGGGG